CGCCUCUCUACAUCAACGACUUAUACGAAUGCUUAAUUCAUUUGUACUUCAGACGAUAGGGCGGUAAGGAUGUCUUCUUAUAACUCCUACUGAAGUUUCCUGCUGCUUCUUUGGCAUCACUACACUUACUCCAUCAAGCCAAAUCCCUGAUUAUUUUGGGUCUUCAACUUCAUCUAUUUUCGGACUUCACUUUACCAGGCGAUUCCAUUUAAUCAAAAUGAGUAAGGAUAGCGAUGUCGUAAAAACUAUUGCCAAAGUAUAUGUUGGAGGUUUAGCUGAAAAUGUUGAGAAACAUCACCUAGAGGAAAUUUUUGAAAGGUUUGGGCUCGUCAAAACCGUUUGGAUUGCUCGAAAUCCUCUAUCAAGAGGUUAUGCCUUUGUGACUUUUUUCGAACCUAAACAUGCGGAAGAAGCGGUUAAAGGAGUGGAUGGCACUUCCUUACUGGGGUCAAAGUUGAAAGUUCAACUGUCUAAAAAUGAAAUUGUAAAAAUGGAGAGAGAUCAAAAAGACAGAGAAAAAGACCCCAGGGAUUUUCCAGAGCAAAGGAGACACCGACCGAGGGACAGAGGCAGGUACGAAGAUCGAAAACGAGGCAGAUCACGUGACAGGGAUCGGUCUCCGAUUGAGAGAAGGUAUGAUGACGACCAAGGGAUUUCACCUACAACCUUUGACCCUGGGGUCAUACAGGAAUCCCUAAUGCUCAGGGAAGCUGUUCUCAGAUCAGGUCUCUCACCAUAUUCCUUUAUCACCAACUCGCUUCUCCAAACUGCUGCUCUUCCGGGUCUUCCGUUAACUUGUGUCAAGUCGCCUGCUUUUGGAACAUCUUUGAACUAUCUCCCAUAUCCUCCCACGCUUACAGACUUGCAUCAGCAAAGUGACAUUAGUCCUCAUAUCACGGGUCAGCGUAUCCUCUUGCCGACCGCAAUCCCCCCUAAUGGCCCGCCUACUGUACCGUACACCCAUACAGUGCCGGGUUUGCAUCCAUCAUUCAUACAGUCUCCAACUGCACUUCCAACUCCACAGCAUCAAAACGGAACCAAAAGGGUGACACCGGACGUGCCGUACACUGUUUUAGGAAACGAAUCUUCGUCAGCCGGCGGAUUUACAUCAGGUGGAAAUAAACCAACUUAUCUUCAAGCGGAUUCAGAAUUACCCAAAUAGUAUAUGAAUGGGCCAUUCUGAAUACAGACUUUGCUUUUUGUAUUAACUGAAUUAUACAAAGAGACGAGAAUUCAAUAUUUAAAGUUAUGCUGCAUUAAAAAAACUAAUUUAAAAGUAUCUUCCUUAACGCCUAAAUCAAUAAAUUACAGAACAAUAAUUGCUUUGUUGAAAUUAUUUAUUUUUGUGCUUUGCGCUACCGAAUACUUCUUCGACCCCAUCGUCAGCUUGCCUUCAAUUUCAACUUGACCAAUUCAGUAAUCGGAUUAGAUUUGAACAAAGUCGAAACAGCUUGAUCUAUUCAAUCAAUCGAUUUAAC